AUGAAUCCAGAAAUAGAAUACACAGAAAUAGAAAAAACAGAACUAGCAAAUUAUGGAGUAUGUCUGAAUUGUAAAAAGUCUAAACUAGGGUGUGAUAGAGCAGUACCCUGUGAAAGAUGUGCCCAUCUCAAAAUUGAUUGUGUAUACCUUCCCAUUGGCCGUAGUGGUCGAAAAACUCAAACAAGUCUUAAUAUCGAUGAACUCAACGACAAAAAGCAAACUACAUAUAGGCCAACUAGAAACAGUAUUACAGAGAACUUACGCCUAAUUUUAGAUAAACAGAACAUAAGAUUAUUGAUUGAAUCAUGGACAGUUCCAUCAGCUAUUGAGGAAUUGAAUACAUUAAUGGAAAAUUUAGAGAACGGACCAGAUGGGGAAUCUAUUGAUGCCAAUGUUGAAUUAGAAGAUACAAUUGAAGAUUAUCGCUAUUAUUCAGAAUAUUUAUCAAAACUAUUAGUCCUAUUAAGUCUAAGUUUAAUCGUUACAGAAAUUCUUAUCAAGCUUAAAAAAUUACAUCUGGAAAAAUUUGUAGCGAAGUCUAGAAAUGGAACUGAUGCUGAACAGAAUGCUGAACAGAAUAAUGAAGCACAACUAAAACAAAAGGCACGAAAAUCACUGGAUGAUAAUAAUCUCGAAUGGAAAAACGAAAUUAACUAUAUCACAAAUGUUAAGGGACCUCCCGCAUUAAAGAAUUUCAAAUCGUUAUGUCUUAUUGCGUGUUCAAAGAUAUUUCAUUAUAUUGAUAUUGAUUUGCUUGUCCCCUCUGUAAUUAAAGGACCGAAUUCAGACAUUUAUAAUCCAGAUCACAAUAAGCUUAAUUAUAAUCUUUCAUUGAGUUCAUUACAACUUUGUAAUUAUUUUCACAUUUUGAAUUUAGAUACUAAGGCAAUUACAAGUAAAAACUUAUUGAGAACUGUGAAAGUUUCUUUUUCAAUUUUCAAAUCAGCUGAAGCUGAAUUGAAUAAAGCUAACGGGUUGAAAGGAUCUCAUUUUGGUAACGAAGCUCAAGGGUAUCAGAAGGUAUUGUAUUUAAGUAAAAGCAUUUCCUAUUUUAGAUUAGUGGAUUAUAAUCAAUCUUCAGACAAAUUAUCAGCACUAUAUGAACAUAUAUAUAUGUUUGAAAGUUAUUACGUGACAUUUUCGUCUUUUAAUUACAAUUUACAUCUAUUUCAAAAUAAUGAUAUUAUAGCCCAGUUACGAUUAACUGGAUAUCUGGGUAGUGCAAAUUCAGGAAGGUUAUUUCAAAUGUUUGGCAUGUUGGUCAAUUCUGAUUUGGUUAAACUUUGUGGACAUACAAGUUUCAUAGAUGAUUGGAAAUUAAAUGAGUUAAACAAUCUUGAUUUUAAUCAAAUACAAUUAGAAGAGCUAAACUAUUUUGACUCUAAUCAAAUGGAAGUAGAAAAGUUAAAUAAUCUUGACUUUAAUCAAAUGAGUUUAGAAGAUUUAGAAGAUUACGUUGCUCAAAUACAAUUGCCGAAAGAAAAAAUGUUUGGAGAAUAUUCUGAUCACCGGCCAUUCUGGCCUUUAUUUCUUGAAAUAAAUGAGAUUCCAAAAGACGAAUCAGAAUUUCCAGUUUUUGAAAUUGUACGUUGCUUGCUUCUUUUCAAGAUAUCAUUAGCUACUCCGCCUCAUGUUUCCAAUUUAUGGUCAUUAGCAUAUUACUUAGUUUCAAGUUUGAAUGAACUUUUAGAGAACUUCAAAACCGAAAUUUCCAAAAUCAUGAUAUCUAAUUUUCAAUUAGUACCUCAUUUAGUGCAUUUAGAGAAGAAUGCGUUAAUACUUCACCAUAUUAAUCAUUUUCCGGAGUUAAUUGAUCAAAUUAUAAAGUUUGAAAAGAAUAUAGAGAGGCAUAAAACGUUUUCUAAUAACGUUAUAAAUUUAUACAAAGAUAUGACAUUUUUCCCAUUGUAUGUGCAAUAUGUGAACCCCAAAGAUGCAGUUCUUGUUAAACAUCUAAGUAACGUCCAAAAUGGAGUUGUCACAGUCAACAAUAAUCACCAAGUGGGUUUUACAAACGCUAUGGUCUAA